AUAAAAGAAUGGCAAACUGCUUUUUAGCACAGAACUUUAUUACACUUUCAGAUCUGCGACCAAAUCUAGCCCGUCCUAGUAUAAUCGGUAUGGUUAUUGGGAAAACAGAUGUCAAAGGCUUUCCAGACAGAAAAAAUAUUGGAUCAGAAAGGUACACUUUUAACUUCACCAUUCGAGAUUCACCAACUUAUUUUAUAAAUGUAACAUCCUGGGGAAAGGAAAAUUAUAUCAAAUCACUUUCCAGAAGCUUUAGAGUAGGUGACAGUGUGAUAAUUGAAAAUCCAUUAGUGCAGACAAAGGAAAUAGAAAAAGAAGAAAAAUUCAAUCCUACAACUCCAAGCUCCUAUAAACUAUUGCUCAGUGAGAAUCAUUCUGUGGUCAGAGUUUGCUCCAGCUAUCAAGUGGACAUUAAGUUGCUUUCCCUGUUGCAUUUACCAAUAAGAAAUCCUCAGGAUUACUAUUCACUAGGUGAUAUUGUUGCAAAUGGUCAGAACCUUGAUGGAAAAAUUAUUAAUGUGCUUGCAAUAGUAAGAUCGAUCGGAGAGCCAAAAUAUUUUACAACCUCUGACAGAAGAAAGGGUCAAAGGUGUGAAGUAAAGCUAUAUGAUGAAACAGAGUCUUCUUUUGCAAUGCUAUGUUGGGAUAAUGAAUCUAUUCUACUUGUACAGAAUUGGAUACCACGAGAAACAGUAAUAUUUGCUGCAGACUUAAGAAUAAAUUUUGAUAAAUUUCGAAACUCUAUGAUUGCAACUGUCAUCUCAAAAACCAUUAUUACAGCUAAUCCAGACACACCAGAAGCUAAUAUCCUAUCAAAUUUUGCAAGAGAAAAUGCAGAAGCAACAGCUCUAGAUGAUGAGAUUGAGGCUCAAUUAAAAGAAUCUAUAAAUUUACAGACAAUAGUUGAUGUUUAUACAGUAGAACAAUUAAAGGCAGUAGCCUUGAAGAAUGAGGGAAAAACUUACCCCUUUUAUGGAAUUCUUUAUGCUUACAUUUCUACACUGAACAUUGAUAAUGAAAUUGUGAAAGUAGCACGAAACAGAUGUUCAGGCUGUGGUUAUUUUGUUAGUGAAGCAUCUAACAUUUGUAUAUCUCCAUUCUGCAACAAAAAUUCUUCAGGACAUAAAUCUGUAUUUCUCAGCUUUGAUUUGCUGAUUGAUCUCACUGAUCAUACAGGCACUCUCCAAUCCUGUAACCUUACAGGAACUGUUGCUGAGGAAACUCUGGGAUUCACGGUACAUGAAUUUCUUGCACUAACAGAAGAACAGAAAACAACAAUAAAAUGGCAAUUUCUCUUGGAAAGAAGCAAAAUUUAUUUAAAAUUUGUAUUAUCACCCAAAGCAAGAAGUGGAUUGAAAAUUAAUGUGCUUUCAUGCAAGCUCGCUGAUCCUGUUGAAGCCAGUAGAAUAUUAUCUGGAAAUAGUAAUAAAUUUGAAAAUCUGAAAAGCCACUAGAAGUUUCAAGUACUUUGAAAAAAGAAUAUGUUUUUUAAAAAGUGAAAAUAUUUAAAUGGUACUUUAUUCAAAUAUUGUAUCUUGUUGUUGCAUUAAAUUCUUAUAAUAUUUUCUCCUUGUAGAUUAAACAACUAUUUAAGAUCAAUCUUUAUAGGGUUGGACAGAGAGUUGAAGGAAAAUAGCCACUGAGCUCACAUUUUCUAAGACUCUAAUUACUGGAUUAGUACAAUUUUUUUUUUUGGCAAAAAAUUUUUUUUCACUAAAUUGGAACAUGAUUCGUCAAGACUAA